AUAUUAUUAGUAAUAAUCUGUCUGGCUCUACCCCACUAAACUUGUCAGUAAUUCUACUUUUUUUUGCACUAAGUUUCCGAGGCAUUCCCCCAAAUUAAUUUGCCAUUUCUCACUUGUCAUUUCUCAGAAGACUCACCUCUAAUAACCUCUGUAGUCAUAGAUGAAUGAACUUUUUCUUGAAAUUCUUCAUACUACUGACUUUGUUAAUGUUAGGAUUUCGGACAAUAUAUAAGUCAAUUAUAUCAACAAAUUAUCGACCAUUUUAUUCCCAUCAUCUUCAUACUAUUCACUCUCAAUUCCAAUCUCAAUCUCAAUUUCAUCUUUCAUUCUCUACAAUGUCCAAUAAUUUUUCAAAUAAAAUUACUAUAUUAUCAGAUAAUUCUAAUAUUGAUAAACCAGUUACUGAUGAUAGAUUAUAUCGAUUGUUUAAAAUCAAUUCUAAUGAUUUACAUGUGCUUGUAAUUAAUGAUCCAACAGCUGAUAAAUCAGCUGCAUCAUUAGAUGUUAAUGUUGGAGCAUUUACUGAUAAACAAUAUAAUGUACCAGGUUUAGCCCAUUUUUGUGAACAUUUAUUAUUCAUGGGUACAGAAAAGUAUCCUAAAGAAAAUGAAUAUUCUAAUUAUUUAUCAAAACAUUCAGGACAUUCAAAUGCUUAUACAGCGGCUGAACAUACAAAUUAUUAUUUUCAAGUGGGUUCAGAUUAUCUUGAAGGUGCAUUAGAUAGAUUUGCACAAUUUUUUAUAUCUCCAUUAUUUAGUGUUAGUUGUAAAGAUCGAGAAAUUAAUGCAGUAGAUUCAGAAAAUAAGAAAAAUCUUCAAAGUGAUAAUUGGAGAUUAUAUCAAUUAGAUAAACUGAAUAGUAAUCCAAAUCAUCCUUAUAAUGGAUUUUCAACGGGGAAUUUUCAAACUUUACAUAUUGAACCAACAAAUAAUGGUUUAAAUGUUCGAGAUAUUUUAAUUGAUUUUCAUAAAUCUCAUUAUUCAUCAAAUUUAAUGAGUCUUGUUAUAUUAGGUAAAGAAGAUUUAGAUACUUUAACUAAUUGGUCAAUUGAAAAAUUUCAAGAUAUUUCAAAUAAACAAUUAUCAAGACCAACUCAUAAAGAAUUAAUUUUAACUAAAGAUUAUUUACAUAAAUUAAUUAAAGCUAAACCAAUAAUGGAUAAAAAUGAAUUAGAAAUAACUUUUAUGAUACCUGAUGAUUUAGAACUGCAAUGGGAAUCAAAACCUAGUAGUUAUUAUUCUCAUUUACUUGGUCAUGAAAGUGAAGGUUCAGUAUUAUAUUAUUUAAAACAUAAACAAUGGGUAACAGAACUUUCUGCUGGAAAUGUUAAAGUUUGUCAAGGUAAUUCAUUUUUUGUUUUAAAUUUUGAAUUAACACCUUUAGGAUUAGAAAAUUGGGAAACGGUUGUACUUACUGUAUUUCAAUAUUUAAAGGCCAUUGUAAAUGAUGAACCUAAGAAAUGGAUUUGGGAAGAAAUUAGUAAUAUGUCAGUGGUUAAUUUUAAAUUUAGACAAAAGGCUGAAGCUUCAAGUACAGUUUCAAAAAUGAGUGGAACAUUAUAUAAAUAUAUUGAUACAAUUCCUCCUAAUUAUUUAUUAAGUUCAACAAUUCUUAGAAAAUUCGAUAAUGAAGCAAUUAAAAAAUAUGGUAGUUAUUUAAAUCCAAAUAAUUUUAGAAUUUCUUUAGUAUCUCAAUCUUUACAAGGAUUAGAUAAAACAGAAAAAUGGUAUGGAACAGAAUAUGCGUAUGAAGAUAUACCUCAAGAUUUACUUUCAUCAAUUAAAUCAGCUUCAUUUAAUCAAAGUUUACAUUAUCCAAAACCUAAUGAUUUUAUUCCAACUAAUUUUGAUGUUUCAGUAAAAUCUUUAACUCCAUUACUUCAUCCAUAUGUAAUUGAAGAUAAUAAUAAAUCUCAUAUUUGGUUUAAACAAGAUGAUCAAUUUGAAGUUCCAAAAGGUACUAUUGAAAUUAUAUUUCAUUUACCAAAUUCUAAUACAAAUGUUAAAAGUUCAACUUUAUCAAGUUUAUUAGGAGAUUUAUUAGAAGAUGAUUUAAAUCAACUUACUUAUUAUGCUUCAUUAGUUGGUUUAAAAGUUCAUAUAAGUGGUUGGAGAGAUGGAUUUAAUAUUAAAGUUUCAGGUUAUAAUGAUAAAUUACCAGUUUUAUUAGAACAAGUAUUGAAUAAAUUUUUCAAUUUUAAACCUAAUAAAGAAAGAUUUGAAACAAUUAAAUAUAAACUUGGUAAACAAUUUAAAAAUUUUGGUUAUAAUCAACCAUAUGGUCAAAUAGGUACUCAUUUAUUAUUAUUAGUUAAUGAAAAGACUUAUCAAUAUGCUGAUAGACUUGAAGCUUUAAAUUCUAUUACAUUUGAAGAACUUGAAGAAUUUUAUUCCAAGACUAUUUGGGAAACAGGUAUUUUUAGUGAAUCAUUAAUUCAUGGUAAUUUUAAUAUUGAUAAGGCUUAUGUUAUUAAGGAAUUAAUUAAUGGUUAUAUUAAAGAUAUUAAACCAAUUGCUGAAACUUUUGAAGAAGUUGAGAAACAAAUUAAAUUUAGAAAUUAUGUCUUAUCUCCUAAUGAUACUAUUAGAUAUGAAAUACCUUUAGAAGAUCCUAAAAAUAUUAAUUCUUGUAUUGAAUAUUAUUUUCAAAUGGAAUCGGUGGUUACUCCAGAAAAUGUAAGAACUAGAGUUCUUAGUGAUUUAUUAGGUACUACCCUUAAAGAAACAUGUUUUAAUCAAUUAAGAACUAAAGAACAAUUGGGUUAUGUAGUAUUUUCUGGGGUUGUAUUAGGUAGAACUCAAUUGGGAUUUAGAAUUUUAGUACAAUCAGAAAGAACAUCUGAUUAUUUGCAAUAUAGAAUUGAAGAAUUCUUGGAUAGAUUUGGUAGAAUUGUCGAAAAAUUCGAUGAAUCAGAAUUUUCCAAAUAUAAGCAAGCCCUUAAAGAUACUAAAUUAACCAAAUUAAAACAUUUAGGAGAAGAAACUUCGAGAUUUUGGAAUUAUAUUGUUGAUGGUAAGUAUGAUUUUGAAGCAAGAUUUAAUCAUGUAAAAAUUUUAGAGACUAUAAGUCUUGAAGAAUUCAAACAAUUUUAUAAACAAAAUAUUUUGAAUAAUAAAUCAAGAUUAAUUUUACAUUUAAAAUCUCAAUGUCCUACUGAAACAAGUCAUUUAAAAUUAGUUCAAAGUUCAUUAAUUAAUUUCUUAUAUAGAAAUGAUUUGGAAUUCUCAUCGGAUAAAUUAGAAACCAUCAUACAAGCCAAUUUAGAUGAUUAUGAUGGUUUAAUUCAUCAAAUCAUUCAAGAAAUUCAAACUUGUAAUAAGGAUAAUUCUAAUAUACCUUCUUUUGAUACUUUAUUACAAGUUGUCAAACAUGAUGUUGCUAAUCCUGUUCCUGAUAAGUAUCAUGGACCUGCCUUAUCUAAUGUAGAUGAAUUCCGUUCUCGUUUAUCAUUAGGUGGGUAUCCAGUGGCAUUUAAUAAGUUAUCUACAUUUUAUUAUCCGCAUGAUCAAUCCCAUUUAUAGACCAGUUAGCAUUCUAUAUAAUAUAUUUAAAUUUUGCAAUUUGCAGUUAUUGUAGAGCGUGUGGUCGUAUGCAGGAAGUAUACUAAUUAUAAUUACUGACAUUACUUAUGGCUUAUAAGGGG